AUGUGCGAUAUUGCGAGAAGUUAUUUCAAGAAUCUCUUUGCUGUUAAAGACAGUAGGCAUGAGUUGGUCCUUGAACACAUCCAUCCUUCUAUUUCUAGUGGUGAUAAUGAGUUGUUGAUCGCGCUGGUUACGAAAAGAGAAUUGUAUGAGGCCCUUUUUUAUAUGCAUCUGGAUAAAUCUCGGGAUCCUGAUGAUUUUAACCCAUCCUUUUUUCAAAUUUUUUGGGACAUGUGUGAGGAGGAUAUCUUUGUUGUUGUUACACUUUGGAUGGAGAGAGGUUCCUUUCCCUCAUCUAUUGAAGAAGUGUUUGGAAAAUGUGUGUCUGAGAAGAAAUCGGCUUUCAUUGAAGGAUGGUUAAUCUUGGAUAAUGCUUUAAUAGCCAUUGAAACUAUACAUGCGCUUAAAAGGAAGACCAAAGGUAAUAAGAGAAAUAUGGCUCUCAAGAUUGAUAUUAGCAAGGCUUAUGAUAUGGUGGAUUGGAGUUUCUUGAAAGGUGUUCUUCCUCGUAUGGGGUUUGAAAAUAGAUGGAUUCAUUGGGUGAUGAUGUGUGCUACAUCAGUUAAAUAUUUUGUUCUGGUUAAUGCGGAUAAAGUCCAUGAAGGAGAAUAG